AUGGAUAGAAUAAAUGAUUCUGUGAUUGCUAGUGCUCUCGAGGUAAUGUCUCAUAUGAUGGCUCAAGCCAAUGAAGAUUCACAAGCUAAUCAGAAUCAUAACGGAGGAGCUGAUAAGUUUCAUGGACUAGAAAAAUUCCAGAAGAAUAAACCACAUAAGUUUAAGGGGAGGAAGCUAAGUAUCGGCGGGAGAAUACCCGCCAAGGAUCAGAAGCUUCUGGCACUGCUAUUACUUGGAAUAAUUUUAAGAAUGAGUUUUUGGACAAGUAUUUUCCAGAAGAUGUUUGUAACCAUAAAGGAGAUUAAGUUCUUGGAGCUAAAGCAGUGUAACAUGUUUGUGGCUGACUAUGUAGCAAAGUUUGAGAAGCUAUCCAUGUAUUGUCUUCAAUAUAAUGGUGUAAAUACUGAAGGUUCCAAGUGUGUGAAGUUUUAA